UAUUAACCUCGCUCCAUCGUUUCCCUUCCUCCUACCCCGGAUUUUCCUUCAUCUCUCCAUCUCUCCUCCUUUGAUCUCUCCCUUCUACCAUUUCAGGUUUCCACUCAUAACACAUUCAUCAUGUCUUCUCCUCAACAAAUCCGCACCCCUCUCACGGAUCUGCUCAAGAUCCAGCAUCCCGUCCUGCUGGCCGGUAUGAACGUGGCUGCCGGCCCCAAGCUGGCUGCUGCGGUCACCAACGCCGGUGGUCUCGGUGUCAUCGGUGGUGUCGGUUACACCCCCGAGAUGCUCCAGGAGCAGGUCGAUGAGCUCAAGAGCUACCUCAACGACAAGAACGCCCCCUUCGGUGUGGACCUGCUGCUUCCCCAGGUCGGCGGUAGUGCCCGUAAGACCAACUACGAUUACACCAAGGGCAAGCUGAACGAGCUGGUCGAGAUCGUCAUCAAGAGCGGUGCUCGCCUGUUCGUCUCCGCCGUCGGUGUGGCCCCCAAGCCCGUCGUCGAGCGUCUCCACAAGGCCGGCAUCCUGUACAUGAACAUGAUCGGCCACCCCAAGCACGUCCAGAAGGCCCUCGACGCUGGUGCCGACAUCAUCUGCGCCCAGGGUGGUGAGGGUGGUGGCCACACCGGUGACGUCCCCACGACCGUCCUCAUCCCCACCGUUGCCCAGCUGUGCAAGGACAAGAAGAGCCCCCUGACCGGUGGUCCGGUGCAGGUCGUCGCCGCCGGUGGUCUGUACAACGGCAACUCGCUCGCCGCGGCCCUCAUGAUGGGCGCCUCGGGUGCCUGGGUCGGCACGCGCUUCAUCCUGUCCGAGGAGGCCGGUGCCCCCAAGGCUCACCAGGAGGCCGUCCGCACCGCGGGCUUCGAGGAUAACGUGCGCACCAUCAUCUUCACCGGUCGCCCCAUGCGCGUGCGCAUGAACCCCUACAUCCAGAACUGGGAGGAGAACCGCCAGGACGAGAUCAAGAAGCUCACCGCCCAGGGCAUCAUCCCCGUCGAGCACGACUUCGAGAACCUGCCCGACGAUGUCGAUGACGACACCCUGGACAACGCCCGUCCCUACCUGAUGGGCAAGGUGUCCGCCGUCGUCAACGAGAAGAAGUCCGCCAAGGCCAUCGUCGACGAGCUGGUCAACGACGCCGCCGUCCUGAUCAAGCAGGGUAACAAGAUGCUGUCCAAGCUCUAAGCUUGUUCGUUCAUUUGGCAAUUUUUCAUGUUUCCUUUCCCCAUUAGAAGUCGAUGUUGCAUGUGACACGAGCACGGUGGAUGGAUACAGAUCUGCAUUCUACAUUUACUAUACCUCUUGAGCCCGGUCCCAUGCGUUUUGUGUACAUACAUGGGUGUAACAUUCUAUUUAUCUAUUUCUUUUGUUUUUUAUUAGCAAAUUGGUACCAAAAUUGAUGACUCGCAAGAUUGAGUUUUUG